AUGGCUAGCCGCUGCAGCUUCUCGUCGUCAUUGCCAAGGCUGCUCCUCCUGGCGGCCGUUCUUGGCGCUGUUCUUCUUCACGGCGAGGGUGCGAUGGCCAGGCCGCUGCUGCUGGGCAUCGCCGAGCCACCGGCCUUGCCAGGCGCUGUGGCGGCGGGACCGGGGGCUGCCGCGCUGGCCGGGGAAGGCGGCAGGCCCGACCGUUCCGAGGCUGGCGCAGAGGUGAUCCUCGCCGGGUUCGCGGCAGCGGUGAUCGUCGUCGUCUUCUGCUACAUCAGGGUCACCAGGGAGAGCAGCAGCGGUGUGGGAGUGGGAGAGAAGCACGAAAGCUUAGGAGGGUUCUAA